UGACGGCAUUUCCAGACCAAUUCGAUAGCAGGCCAAACCAGCCAAACAUAACUUCACCAACAGGCCUUGACGAACACCAACACCAUCACCAACGCAAAGACGACCAAACCUCAGUAACACCACUCAACCACUAGAUCUUUCACACACACAUCACAAUGGCCUCGCGUCCAACCUUCACAAAGCUCACGCCCAUGCUGCGACAAGCUCGCCCUGGCGCAUCACCACUCAACCGCGGCAGCCCCAUCCUGCAAGCCCUCCAAGCCCAUCGCCAACAGCAGCACUUACCGCUCCAACCCACCGUCGCCGCGCGUUUUGCCCACGCCAUCCCGAAACCGAAGGCGGCACGCGAGGCCGAGGCCAAAUCGCCUGCCCAGAUGCGCCUUGAGGCUUCGCCGCACUACCAGCUCGACUUCACCUGCGUGCCUUGUGACACCCGCUCCCGCCACAAGGUCUCCAAGCAGGGCUACCACCACGGCUCCGUCCUCAUCACCUGCCCCUCCUGCCGCAACCGCCACGUCAUCAGCGACCAUCUGGGCAUCUUUGGCGACCGCAAGGUCACCGUCGAGGACCUGAUGCGCGAGAAGGGGCGCCUCGUCAAGCGGGGCACCCUGGGCGAGGACGGCGACAUCGAGUUCUACCCUGACGAGGGCAUCGCCGAGGCCGAGGCCGCCGACGCGAAGAAGGACGGCCCGGCUUGAGCGCGUCGGGCACGACUGAAAAUGCUGUACAACACUUGUGGUAAAAUGUGGCGGAGGAAAGUAUUGGAUUAACACAGCCUCAGUUCGCCGGGAAAUGACUGCAUAUAAAAAUCACGGCGUUCCGGAUACCCCAGCAUCACUAUCCUGGGUCACGAAAAGACAGGAAAUAUUGUAACAAUAAAUGAUAGAUAUAGAUUCCACAUAUGAACGGGCA